GGACAGGUUCUCUCGCUCUCUCUCUCUCUCUCUCUCUCUCUCUGGUCAUCUAUCUCUCUCUCUUUGUAUGUAUUUUUAGGGUUAACUUAGAUGCUUAAACCUAAUAUGGUUUGGGUUCAGUAAAAAGAACAGGUCUUUUUGUAGUAAUGGGGAUGUUCGAUCCACACACCAGGAGUGGAUGAAUCCACUCACCUCAGAUGCAAUACAAGUAUACAAAAAAGACUUGCUUUCUCAAAGUUUCUCAAAGAUGGACGAAAUCAAACAAGGGAACAACAACGAUGCUCCGCCAACCAUGCCUGUAAAAAGAAAACGUGGUCGCCCACGUAAGGAUCCGAGCCUUAUUCGCAGGACAAAUGCUCCUGCGCCUCCUCCUGGAUUUCGUAUUGUUAAUGGAAACCAACCCCGCCAAUUGCUUGCCAUUGAAAAUGCACAUCCCAAUGCAAAUGCAAAUCCAGUCGACAAUAUUGUGGGCCAGGCAGUAACAGGUGUAGUCGAGGGAACAUUCGACGCGGGUUAUUUGCUAGCUGUCAAGAUUGGAAACUCCACAACCAGUCUCAGGGGUGUUGUUUUCAAACCAGGACAUUUUGUUCCCAUUUCAUCGCAAAAUGAUGUGGCCCCACAUGUUCAAACGAUUAGACGAAAUGAGAUUCCCCUCCCAAUGGCAAACCAAAAUCGUGUUCGUGGGCGUCGCCCUAAAUCCAGAGAGAGGAAUAAGCAGCAAGGCAAUAUUCAGAGAAUGGAAACUAGUCAUUUCUUGAAUGGAUACCCCACUGCAAAUCAAGUUCAAAUAUUUGCUCCUCAAACUACUGACCUGGCAUCUUCUAAAGGCAAACAAGUGGUGCCAGUUUCGGCCUAUUCCGUCCCUUCUGUGGGCUCAAGAGGCCUUGUGGUGCCAGUUGUACUCCAGCCAGUCAGUUUAUCGAAUGGAUUUCCACCUUCCUACCAAAUGCCUCCAUUUCCAUCCCAAACCAGUCAUGCGGUUGUCUUAAACCAUAAACCACUUCAAACAGUUGCAACCCAAGUGGAAUCAUCGCAAUCCCAAAGCAGCCAUCAGGUAGCACCGGAAGGGGGCCAAAAUGGUGCAUUGCGAGAUUUACAAUCCUCUGGAACACACAAUGACAAUGGUAUGGGAGCUGGAAAAUCAUCAGCUGAGGAUUCUGGCCUUUCUGGGGAAGGAGACAGUGAUACGAGUGAGCCUCUCUCGGUGGAGCCCCUCCAAACAAUACAUUCUCACAUUCGUUAUCAAUCGGGACCUGUUCACAAUCCUGCUGAGCUUAACAAAAUUGGCAGAAUGUCUGAGCUGUUGCAGGCUUUGCAGGAACAGAUGCCUCCAGUUGAAAACAAGGCCACUGGAAAUGAUAUCGCGGAUGAGGGAACUGGUAUUCAGUUGAAUACACCAAAGGAGUCCUUGCCUUGAACAUUUGUAUACUCACUGUUGUAUCUUUUCCAGCACCAGAGCUGUGCCAGAGCAAUGCUGUGAAGGUUGGGACUGAGAAUUUUGUUCGGUUGAAGCUUAUAAAGCGAAAUGAAGAUCCUUUGUUAUUUAGAAACCUCAGGUGGAAGAAAAACUAGUGUUAGUUUAAACUGUUCGACUGUUUAACAAAGGUUUUCGUUAUUUGGUAGUUUAAUCUAGCCCUCAUAAAA